AUGACACAACUAUCAUCUAAUCAAUUCAUAAGAAAUUUGACUAUUCAGGAUAUUGAUGAUUGUAUUAUUCUAGAAAGUAAAGGUUUCCCACCAGAACAAAGAUGUUCACCAGAAAAUUGCCGAUAUCGACUCUCUGUUGCAUCUAAUAUUUGUCUAGGAUUGUUUGAGACAACACCACUUGGUGAUUCCAAAUUGAUCGGACAUAUAUUGGCAACUAAAAUUGCUACAGAAAGAAUCACUGAAGCUGGAAUGGGUAAAAGAAUCCAAGGUGUUGAGAAUUCGGGUCAUUUUGAAAACUCAAGAAACAUUGGUAUUCAUUCAGUUGUAAUUGAUCCUGAAUAUAGAGGUGUGCAUCUUGGACAUAUUUUCUUAACUAAGUAUAUUGAAUAUAUUCGUCAGUUGAAAUUAGCAGAUAAAAUAUUGAUUAUUAAUAAAGAAUCUUUGAUACCAUUUUAUCUGAAGGUGGGGUUUGAAAAUUUGGGACUUACUGAUUGUCGGUUUGCUGGUUUAAUUGAUUAUGAUAUGGUUUACAAUUUGUAA